GAACUUGGAAACUUGAUUAACGGAGUUUGUUCUUAAUCAAUGUUUAAUGGAAACUUCUUUGGUUCAAGCAACCAGACAUCAUUCCACUCCUUAUCUCUGCAAUCUUCACUUCUUUUCACAUAGAGACUUUUUGUUCUCAAAGUUGAAACAACUCUGUAAUGGAGAAAUUAACUAUACUUUUAAAAGUUGUGUAGUAAACUCAAAACUUUAGAUGAUGUUUGUGUGUUCUAUUGAUCAAUUUAUCAGUUUUGAGCUAUAGUAGAUUCUGCAUUGCAAAUUUUAAACGUUGGUGUUAGUUUGAUGGUAAUGCAAGGGAACGCAGGAACAUGUCAGUGAGAAAUUCAGUGGCAGGAGCUUGACAGGCCGAAGAAUUCUGCUCCUCUGAUCCAAUAGCUCAUCAGUCAAAUUGGUACACUUCAGAAUCCUCUGUCUAAUGGGCUAUAUAUGGGCUUUACAUUCGAAGUAUUAAGGCCCAUAAGGGUGCUUUGUAUUUAUGGGCUUUAGGUUUCGAAAAAAAGAAGAUACUUUAUUUUGAAAAUGACAACGGCUAAAAGCUGGAAGAUUGGGAGGGAAAUCGGAGAAGCCGUGGUGAAGGCGUCUAGUAACCCUAACCGGAGAUGGUACGGACCUCACAUGGCCGCAUCGGUUCGUGCAAUCUCUGAACGUAUACCGCUUGUCGAUUUUGUACUCGAGAUCAGAGACGCUCGUACACCCUUGUCUUCUGAGUAUGAGUUGUUGAGAAAGUUUUCACCUUUUUCUUCAAAACGGAUCGUUGUGCUGAACAAGAUGGAGCUUGCAGAUCCUUUGGAGUUGAAGAAGUGGAUGGCUUACUUUCAAGGGAGAAACUUUCUCUCGUAUGCAGUUAACUCACAUAACAAAGAGUGUGUCAAGAAUUUUCUCAACUUCUUGCAGAGUCAAGUUAGGGAAUUGCACAAAUCAGGUCAUUCUGGUCAUACUACUACAACUAUGAUGCUUCUUGGGGUUCCUAACGUAGGAAAAUCCGCUCUCGCCAAUUCUCUUCAUCAGAUCGGGAGGAUUAGUGCUGCAGAGAAAGGGAAGCUAAAGCAUACAACAGUUAGUUCACAGCCUGGAGAUACUAAAGACAUUAUGAGCUUGAAGAUCGGUAGCCAUCCUAACGUCUAUGUUCUAGACACGCCUGGAGUUUUUCCUCCUAAGCUGCUUGAUGCUGAGAUAUGCUCGAAGUUGGCAUUAACAGGAGCUAUUCCGGAUGAUAUAAUUGGGGAGACAGAACUAGCACGGUUUUGUCUGACCCUACUAAACUCGAGCAAUGAAUACAAGAAAUGGGCAAAACUGUGCAAAUCCCAGGAUGUUACAGGAAGUUUAUCCAAUGAAAGCUCCACUUCUAGUGCCCAACGUAAGAGGCAGUACCCAACAGAUCAUACACAGGAUUUUAUAGUUUACGAUGUACGGAGGGUUCUGUACGAGACAAUUUCAGUAUUUAACGGAAACUUAGAUGAUAUCAGCAUGGGAGAACUUGUAGAGACGCAAUUUGCUGCGUUAAGAACAGUACUUAGGGUUACAGAAGAGGCAAGUGAGUUUGCUGAUCUCAGAGUUGCUUCUAAGAUAUUGAAUCUUUAUAGAACUGGUAGACUUGGGCAUUACACCCUGGAACAUGCUUCUUGUUGAGCCAGAUCUUAACACGAGCAUUUAUAAGAUUUAUGUGAUUGUGAUGAUAUAUCUUCUUGUUGGUUAGUUGUUAUUAACGGUCAAAAGAUCGCUCUUGAUUGUACUUCCAUUCGCAGAAGUUUUCUUUUGUGGGUCCACCUCUUUUUGAUCAGAAAGGUUCGGUUUUCGUUAUGGCCGUCUCCGUCUGUUAUUUGUUUCGUAAAAAGCUGCUUCUGAUCAUGUGUUACAAAGACUGGUGGACGAACAGAGAGUGGAAUCAAUUGAUUUGGAAGCGAAAGCAUGUUCGUUUUGUAUGGAAACAUCAUUAAGAUGCCUGAAUGUUUACAUAUGUUUCAUCAAGGUUGUAUCUUUGAUCAUCGUUGUAUGUGUUCUUGUGCUUUUAAAUUUUGUUUUUCUC